AUGCUUGCAUGCCAGAUCCUUGAAUACAACAAACCACAUCAGAUCCGAAGAAUCCCAACGCCUCAGAACCUCGCUCCUCAUGAACUUCUCCUUAAAGUUGCAGUUUCUUCACUCUGCCAUUCUGAUCUAGAGUACCAAAAUGGUGCGCUUGAUUGCGCUCUUCCUGUGACAGCCUCCCAUGAAGGCACUGGCGUCGUAGUUGCCAAAGGUGAUGCCGUAACUCGUUUCGAUAUCGGUGACCGGAUAAUGGCGGGACAGACUUUCGACCGCUGCGGCAAAUGUGACGACUGCAAGGGACCGGAGAACUAUCAACACUACUGCGAGCAUCAGGGCCCUAUGAUGAGUACGGAGCGGAACGGCGCGUUUCAAGAAUACCUUGUCGUCGAUGCGAAACAAGCCUGUCGGAUUCCUGACGAGAUGUCGUUUCUUACAGCUGCUCCGCUUGCUUGCGCUGGCAUUACUAUCUGGAGGGCGAUUCUGCAGACGCAGCUCAAAGCCGGGCAAUGGCUUGGUAUUGUUGGCUCCGGUGGUGGAUUGGGCCAUUUGGGAAUUCAAUUCGCCAAGGCCAGGGGGCUGAAAGUGAUUGGAACUGAUGCUAGAGAGGAUGGUUUGGCACUUUCACGGGAAGUUGGAGCAGAUCUUGUUCUUGAUGCCAGGAUGGGCAAAGAGGAAGUGCUGCGUCGCGUUUUCGCAGCAACUGGUGGAAAAGGCGUAGAUGCUACCAUCACAACAAGUGAUGCUAAAGCAGCUGUCGCAACGGGUUGUGGUAUGACUAGAAGGCAUGGCACGAUGGUUUAUGUUCCGGUGGGACAUGAAGUUUGCAUUCCCUUCCAGGAACUGAUCUUUCGCGAUAUUCGAAUCAAGGGGUCUUUCCUCUGUUCUCCCAAGGAAGCGGAGGAGAUGUUGGAUGUAGUGGUCAAGCAUGACAUUCAAGUGAAGUCCAGUGUUUUCCACGGCAUCCAGGAGAUUCCAAAGGUCGUUGACAUGCUUCGACAUGGAAAAUAUCAGGGAAAAGGGGUGAUUGUGAUUGAUGAGAAUGCAGUAGAUAACAAGAAGACUCCAUUAUUACGGUAA